AUGUACAAGUUUUUCUUAUUGUUGGCGACGGUGGCAACGUGCGCCACAGCUCUGCACUACGGCGAUGAGGGUAUCGACGUGAAGAUCAACGUGGAGAAGAACUCCAACUCGUACCUGUCCGGGCGGCUGCCGCAGGGUUCGUUCGAGUACGGGCUGGACGUGGUGAAGCAAAAGGACAACCACUUCCAGCACAAGGUGAAGGGACCGGACGAUGUGACGUACGGUUGCUACGGGUUCGUCGAUCCGGACGGCAAGCCGCACCUGGUGCACUACGUGUCCGACCUGAAGGGCUACCGCAUCGUACCGCCGGAGUCCGCCACCAAAAUCUACAUCUCGCGUCUCGAGCGAAGCAUUAACAACGUCUACCAGGCCUCGCAGGAGAAGAACGUGCAGUGGAAGGACCUGUUUUUCCCACCCGCCUGUCAGCAGCUGUACAGGGAGCAGAAGGUAGCGACCACUCCCCGACCGACACCUCGCGUCUUCACCACCACCCGUCGCCCGGCCCCAACCCCACCGCGUCGUGUAGCCCCCGCGACUACCACCACCCCCGCACCGGUCGAGCCGGAGCCGAGCUCGAGCAACCUCUGCCCGUCGGUCGUGCAGGUCCCGCCAGCCAACCUCGCUCCCCAGCCCGCCUGUUCCGCCGUGUGCGACGAGCUGAAGAGCGAGCUGGCCGACAUCAAGUCGAAGCUGAAGACGCUGCUGGAUGCGCUGGCGGAGAAACCGAGCGGCAAGGCCGGUCCGAAGGGCAAGGGCAACGCCACGUUCGCCUACUUCCCGGUGAUGCUGAGUGACGGGCUGCCGGAGGGCGUCGACGCCGAUUCGGCCAAGUUCGCCUUCCCGGCCGUCCCGCAGCAGUGCGGCCGCCAGUGA